UCAGUCUCAUGCACGAUUGGAUUCGUAGAUUGACUUUAAAUAAACUCUAUAAACUCUCAGUUAUACCUACUUCUUAGCAGGGUGGAAGGCACCUCUCCUCCUGUCGUACAGCAAGCGGUCUUUCACAAAAAUGGCACAACCUGGGCUCCCAAUCGAGGCACUGCCCGCUUGGGCUCUGCUCAACGGCAUCGCAUUCCCGCAUGUCAAGGUCGCCAACAUCGAAGGGAAAGGCUUUGGCGUAGUAAGGGAUGGAGAGCUCAAACCAGAGGUUCCUCUUAUGACGGUCCCAAACAGCCUCGUUCUCAACGUACAAACUGUCGAUGAAUAUGCCAAAGAAGACAAGAACUUCAAGCAACUGUUGGGUGCUGUUGGACAUCAUUUGGUUCUGGCUUCUAAAACACACCAAGCUCCAGUGGGCGUCUCAAACCCAUGGACCGAGUACAUCAAGUUCCUACCCAAAACGGUCCUCGUGCCCACACUGUGGACAGAAGAUGAGCGGCUACUUCUCCGGGGUACAUCUCUCGAGUCAGCCGUGAAUGCAAAGAUGACGGCCAUCACUGCCGAGUUUGAUGCGGUCCGGGAGGCCGCAUCUAGCCUUCCGAUCUGGAACGACAUACUGUGGCCAUACGAAGACGGCAAUUCUUCGGCAUCUCUACGCAGGUGGAUUCUUUUAGAUGCGCUUUACCGGUCUCGAGUCCUCGAGUUGCCGAAGUCGGGGGAGUCCAUGGUGCCAUGCAUAGACAUGAUCAACCACUCGACCCGUGCGUCGGCUUACUAUGACGAAAACGCCAAAGACGAGGUAGUCCUUUUGCCCAGGCCAGACAGCAGCAUUUCACCUGGUGAGGAGGUAACUAUCAGCUAUGGCGAUGCCAAGCCGGCUGCAGAGAUGCUGUUUAGUUACGGGUUUAUAGAUCCGGAAGCGACUGUUGAGAGCCUUGUGCUCCCUUUGGAGCCGUUUGAGGACGACCCCUUGGCAAAGGCCAAGCUUUUCGCGUUCAAGGACUUGCCCAAAGUUCUCGUGGCUCGCGACAAGGGUAGCUCUGCCGUGUCAUGGAAUAGCCCAUUCGCCUACCUCAUGUGCGUGAACGAGGAGGACGGCCUGGAUUUCCGAGUGCUACAGGACAGUGUGGGUGGACGACAGCUCCGUGUUUUCUGGCGAGAGGAGGACGUUACAGACCGGAUAGGGGACUUUGAAACCCUUAUCCAGAACUAUGAGAUAUCUACACUUAUCAAGUUGCGCGUUGUCACUGUGGUCCAGGAGCGGUUGCAGCAGCAGCUUGAGAGAGCGCAGUCUUUUGCGGAUCUCGCUUCACUCCCCAUCGGCGACGUUGACCUGAUGAGGGACGAGUGUCGCCAGGCUGCUUCUCUUCUCAGGAGGAUCGAAACCGAUCUUCUAGAAGUUGUCAUAGAUGACUUGGAGAAAGAGAGGCGUAUGCUACUGGCUGAUGAAAACGUGGUGGCAUAUCUCGGAUCGAUGGAAACUGCCGAAUCUGACUUAGUUGGCGAGGAGGCGUCCAAUGAGCCCGACGAUUUCAGUUGAGG